GGAAAAAGGAAGAAAAUGUGACGGCAACCUCGAGAUUCAGUUCUCGUGAUUAGCCUCAUUUUCUGGAAGAAUCUGCAUAUUACAACAUGCACGGCAGAUUCGAUGUUUUGGCGUCCUCAACAGAUGUCACCGACUUUCAAAGAGAAACACCGCCACGCCUUCAAGAUGACAGCGGCAUGCCAACGUCAUCAAAGAAUCGUUUCCAUUUUCUGGGAAAACUUCGACCCAAGCUUCCGGCGAUGCUGCGUUUCGACAAAGAACAACGCAAGCGCAAGAAGAAGCUAGCAGCCUUUUACGACAUUACGGACCAGCCCAUCUUCAUGCUCACGUUCUUCCUCAGCCUGCAGCACUACAUCACCACACAGGCAGUGUUCCUCGUUCCCCACAAGAUGCUCGCGUCUCUUUUAUGUUUGGAUGACAAUGAGGCUGCCGUCGCAAGCUUAAUUGGCACGGCCACUUUCAUGUCAGGACUCGGAACGAUUGCACAGUUAUAUCUGGGCAUAAGACUUCCCGUUAUGGAGACGUCGACAGUGGUCCGGCUGGGAGACACCGUGUACCGUCAGAGAUACGAAUUAGCGCCUUGCCCCGAGAACCAAACCAACGCGACGGAAGAACUUUGGAAAUCGCGUAUGACUGAGAUUCAAGGAACUCUGGCUGUUGGUUCACUGUCCGCCAUCUGCAUAGGUUCCAUGGGAAUCGUCGGGAUGAUGCAGCGUUGGCUCACGCCACUCACGCUAACGCCGACAAUAACCCUUAUGGGCGUCACUGCAUACUUCGGGGCAGCAAUACCUGCAGCCACUUGCUGGCCUCUUGCCGUCGUGACUGCGGUGUUGAUAAUAACCUUCGCGCACUUCGCUAGACCAGUAAAAGGAUCCCCGGACAAUGUUCUGCUGAAGAGGAUGAAUGACGUGAUCACAUGUCUUACUAUCUUCCCUAUACUCGUCGCGAUUGCCCUCACUUGGUUCGCCUGCUUUCUUUUGACCAAGGGAGAUGUCUUUCCAGCAGAUCAUCCAGCGCGCACGGACAAUUACAACAUCAUUCUCGCGGAGGCGUCAUGGUUUCGUGCUCCUUAUCCGUUCCAGUGGGGCAUGCCGACCUUCCACUGGGAGACAGCUGUGAGAAUGAUGUUCACUAACCUAGUAGCAACCAUGGGCACGGUGUGCGAUUACUACGCAUGCGCCGUGGUCGCGGGUAUUUCACCGCCCCCGCCCCGUGCUGCAAACCGUGGCGUGUUUAUUGAAGGCAUGGGGUGUCUGUGGUCAGCGACUUUCGGUGGUGGCUACUCGUAUGAGACCAGCGACAUGAACCUUGGUGUCAUUGCCCUUACCAAGUGUGCCAGCGUUCGAGUCAUCAAACUGGUUGCUUGGAUGAUGGUGGUGUUCGGCAUCGUCAACAAACUGAGCGUGUUUGUUCUGACCAUUCCUCCAUCCAUUGUCGGAGGUCUUCUCCUGGUGCUCCUGGCGACGUUCGUGGGUGUAGGGCUAGCUCAUCUGCGUUACGUAGACUUGACCUCUAACCGCAAUGUUUUUAUCGUGGGCAUGUCACUCGUCAUGGGUCUCUUGAUUCCUGCAAGUGUUCGGUCGCGCAGUACGUUCGUCAUGACAAACAUUGGAGUUGUGGACCGACUCCUAUUUUCACUGGCGACAACCUUCCCUGCAGUUGGAGGAAUCACAGGUUGUGUCCUGGACCACACCCUUCCAGGUACAGAGGACGAGCGUGGCAUCACGAAGCUUCGGGAGUGCUUCAGCGACGUCAGUGUUGGGGGCGUCAACGUUCCAGUGCGGUCGAGAACUCAGCAUUUCUACAACGUUCCUUGCUUCGAGAGGAUGGCAAAACGUUGGCCCUUCUUGAGAAGCUGUCCUCUAAUGCCCGAGAAAGAAGUUCAUGCCAACUAUAUCGAGGAAUAAGCUUGGAAGAUAAAGACAUGAUUAAAGAUGAAGGUUGCAAGCCA